UUUGUUUGCACAGUCACUUGGAACAACGCGAUGGGUCUUUCCGCGCACCUCGAAAUUACACCAAGCAUGGCGGCUUGCCUCGACAUGUGGCUCCAGGACGAAGCAUUUGGCACCUCCAACAAGACUACGGUCAUCUGCACGCUCCACGAUGCUGCGCGAACGAUCGAGAAGCAGCUCGAUGCUGUGGCGGAUUGCAGUAAUGAUGGAACUGCUCUCGUGGACUUGCUCCUGCUUGCGUUGCGCAUCGACGCCAAUUUCAACUCGGCAACGGUCGUCGCAUGCUUUCGCGACCUCCGGACGCUUCGCGCCUUUCGCCGCCUCGACAUGGACAACGAUAUGAAGGCCAUGGCGCAACUCGACGACAUCCUUCGGCAAGGAAUCCCGGACGACGUGCGCCGCUCGACGAUUGAAGCGCCGGUUCGAUCAUCGUUGGCCCGCGCUACCACGUAUUUGGCCCUUCUGACGUCUCUGGACGAUCCAAAGCAUUGGACGACGCCAAGCAUUGAUGCGCCCGACGUGCCCAUCGCCAUCGUAAUUGUUCAGUACGCGUUCAACGACGCAAAGCAGCCUGACGCGACUCGAAUGACCACAGUGCUCGGUGACCUUUUGGUCAAGAACCUCGCGCCCGCAGAGAGCCCGCUGCAGGCAAAGCUAUGGGCCGUUGCAAAGAAGCACGGAUGCAACCAUCGCGGUUUCCCUUUCGAGCUCACGUCAACCAAAGUACAGUCGCUCAUCAUUGCGAUGAAGAAGGAGCUCCAGCCAGACGCGAAAGCGAUCAGCAGCGAGGUGUCGCUGGCGCCUGUCAAUGCAAGCCCGCUGGCGGGUCAUGAAUUGAUUCCUACCGAUGGGCGCCCGAUGAGUUUUCUUCGCACCGUGAGUCCGGCCCCAAGCAAGGACUCUCAUUUCGGUGAUCUCGUUUUGCACGUCCUCAAGCACGGCCUGAGCUUCAAGGAUGAGCUUUACACUAAAAAAGACCAGGCAUCAAGUAGCACCACGUCACCCGUCGUGUACGACGCGCUCUUGAGCUCGAUGGCCUCGUUGACACCCGCCGCUCGGGCAGAAGUCAUCCGUCACUUGGUCGACCGAUGCUGCCUCGCGCCGCUCGUAGUACCCAUGAACGACGCGGGUUUCGACAUGUUUACGGCUGAGUUUGGUCUCGUCGAGACUUCAGUCAACGGCAAGCUGGCAUCACUCAUCCGGGACACGUCCUGCACGCGCGUGGCCGUCGUUUCGGAGCGGCCAACGAAAAACAGCACCACAAGCGACUGGAUCAAGAACAUCUUUCAUGCCGAAUCGCUGCACUGCUGUGACCGUCUGCUUACCAAGACCGUGACGAAACGUCCGUGCGUCGCAGAGCUCGGCUGGGGCUUUGUCGUCGAAGGAAACGAGAUGACGCCAGUCAUGGUGCUGCACAUCAUUGGCGACUACAUGCUCUUGGAGUCGUUCAUUACGCAGUUUGCCGACAUCUUGAUUGUCGACGCGGGGUACAAGCCGGUGCGAACGACGCUGCCUCAUGGCCUCGUUAUCCAGUGGCGCGCCCCCAAGCAAUCCGAAAACGACGAAAGCGACGAGGACGCCAAGACGGACGAGACCUCCGACAGCAAUGGAGCUGUCACCGCCGUCGCGUUGAUAUGUGAUAUGGGAUCGUCGCGCGAAGAAAUUGCACAAAGAAUUGUCAACGUCUUGCCUUCCAAGCCGCGCGUGCCUGUCGAGUGCCUGCGCGUACCCGACAUUGUCAAGCCCACCACGCGUUUUUCGAGCCAGAUCGUCACCGCCGUGGCCAAGACGAACUUUGCCACGCUUCGCAGCAAGGAUCUCAAACUGCAAAUGGCCUUCAAGAACGAGUCCUCUCACUCGCUGCACUUUCAGCGCCAACAGAGCGAGCGGGAGCGCAAAAAUAUUCAAAUCGACAUUGAUAUGCUCCAGCAAGCUUGUCGGGACAAUGCCGAGUGCGUCCUUCAGUAUCCGCUCUUCCAGAUCUUUGUCGCCAUGCUCAAGCUGCCGUCGGCUGCGAGCCGCGAAAUGUGCAUUCUUGACUUUGAGCGCCAAAUCGCCACGGCCAGCGCCGUUAUCUCGGACGUGGCACACACAAAGUACAUUUCUGCGGUUGCUGCUGCAUCCCAAAGUGGUGACGCUUCGGCGACUCAAUCGUCCCUCAAAGAAUGGGACAACGCGGUCACGGGGAUGGAGCACUUGUGGCGCGAGCUCUCCCUCGUGUACCGAUCGGACCCGACCAAGUACAGCGACUUGCCGGACCUCGCCGUGACGCACCUCCUCGACGGAUUCCCGCUCGAGUACAUGAACGGCGAUGCUGGCAUGGUCAACAAAACGUGGGUUCGCGCCAUCUUGCGGCAGCUUGGCAAGAAGCUGGGCGACGAUGCGCGCAUCUUUGUACUCUCGGUCGCGGGUGUUCAAUCGUCGGGCAAGUCGACGUUGCUCAACGCCAUGUUUGGCAUCCGCCUCAAGACAUCCGUCGCUCGUUGCACACGUGGCGUGACGAUGCAGCUGCUUCCUUGCGACAGCGGCAACGCCUACGACUAUAUUUUGCUGCUCGACACGGAAGGCAUGCAGUCGCCGGAACGAGUCGGGAUGAAGGAUUCAGUCUGGCGGGACAACCGCAUGGCGUCCGUGGCCAUUUUGCCCGCCGAUGCAACGAUUCUCUUGAUGAAAGGCGAGUCGACGAACGUGAUUGAUAACGCGCUGCCGAUUGUGCUCUCGGUGUUUGGCAACUCGUCCCUCGCUGCGGCAUCGGAAGGUCGGCUUCAGACCAAGCUCUACUUUGUACUCAACCAAAUCAACGCGGUCAGCUCAAACAGUCUGGUGACAUGCGUCUCGACGCUAACAGACAACCUCCGAAAGAACGCUGCCAAGAUCGGUCUGGUGUGCCAAUCGAAAGAGCCCGCGUUUUCAGAGUUCCUCGCUGACUUUCGCGGCUUCAAUUGCGACGAAGACAAGCGCGACGUGCGAGUUCUCGGCUACACGCGGAUGCUGCCGUUAAACGUACCUAAAGCGGAGUACGGUAUUGGAGCGCUCAAGAUGCGCGACCACAUGCACAACCGAGCAACGGAGUCCGAUGCAUGGCGCGCCCGCACCGUUCCACAGCUUAGCGCGAGCUUCGACUUGGUCCAGAUGUGCCUCGAAGGUGCCGACUUUGACUUGAACUUUGCGUCUGCCCUCGAACGCAUCCAGUACGCCGCUUUCGUAAAGCUCAUGACGCAGUACAAGCAAGAUCUUGCGCUCAUCCACACCAAGGCUUUCGAUGUGUGGCUUUGCCACGUGAGCAAUGCAUACGUUGGCGAUGACGAUGCAAUGACUCGCAAGUUGGAGGACGCCGAGAAGAAACGCAAGGACAACAUUAACGCCGAAGUCAGUGCUCUCGAAAAGACGGUGCAAGAAACGCUAAAGCACAACGACUACGAAACAUGGUCUCUGGCGGCAACAAAUGAUUGGAAGAAGACGCUCCAAGACCAAGCGGACCACUCGCAGCGCAAAGUCAAGGCCACUCGCGUGUUUCAAGUCGGCAAGGACGUCAAAAAGUUCGAAGCAAUGUUUCUCGAACGCGUGGCUGCGUACGUUGAGAGGGUCGGGGGCACCGCCACGAUGGAUCACGUCAAAAAUAUCUUCAACGACGUCCUCGCCGAAGCCCGCAAGCUCGACAUGCCCUUGGCGCUAAGUGUGAAAGCGAAGGUUCACAAGGUCAUCCACGAGCACGGUCUCUUUUCGCCCGAUCUACUGACGCCGCAGGACGCCGAAGUCGCCUUGGAGAGCACUGCGGCGAAAACCUCUACAGCCCAGGUGAUGUGGUCGUCGAUAUUUGCCAAGCACACUCAAAGCUAUAUCAAGAGCACGGUGCAGGGCUGCGUGCGUUGCCAUCUUGGCAUAUUCAGCGAUUACGACGAUAGCGCCGUGCGUCUGUGUGCCGAGAAGGUCAGAGAUGAGUUUAUCAAGCACAAGUUCACGAAGCCCGAGCAGAAGCGCGGCAUUGCGGUGCUCAUAACGACGCUUGGCAACGAAUUGACGCAGCGCCAGGCCGUGUGGGACGCCAACAAUAGCGUCGCUGACCUGUUCGUCGCACAGAAGAACAACUUGAUGUCGGUGGCCGGUAGUAUCUGUCGCGGCCGCCAGGCCGUUGACUUGCUCGUGGAGGUGCUCAGCACAUGGCUCACGACGAGUUUAUCCAAGGCACUCCACGAAGAGCUCGAGAGCGCCAUAGCCGCCGAGCUUCAGUUCGCGCCGUGGGUCGAAUCUCCCGAAGCGAUGCAAGCAGCGCUUGACCACGAUAUUUCGUUGCGUCUGGAGGCCUUGGGUGUGACCUCGGUCCUUCCUUUAAUUCGAGACCCCAAGGCGCAUGCUGCCGACGUCAUUGCCAAGCUGGUUCUCGCCAAGGUUGAAGCGCGCUACGAGAGCGUGCGUGGCAAGCUCAUCCAAAACGUGAGUUCGAGCAUCGAUCACGCCGCGUCCGUGGCUGGGAAGACCGCGUCGAACCGCAGCAAGUCGUUUGGCGAAGCACUUCAGCGUGAGCUUCAGCGCCAUCUCAAGCUCAGCGGCGCAAGCGCUUUCAUCCAGAGUCUGCCGCCGCUCACGAACGGCGUCAUGAACUGCGACGCGCAAGGCCCGUCCAUCUUUGACGACACAAGCAGCCGUAUGCCAACCAACGUGCCCCGGCGCCUGCAUGAAACAUUGGUCGCACUCACGCCGACGCUUGCUGCAUCGGUGGCCAAAAACACAUCUGUGGCAAAGGCCAUCGCCGAAGCUCUCCAGACGGAAUCUUAUUGCGCCAACUAUGGCAUUGCGCCACGCUGCGGUGAGCCGUGUCCAAAGUGCAGAUGUCCUUGCACAAAAGAACAGGGCCAUGCCUCCAAGGACGGCUCGCGCCACGACACGUACCACCAACCAAGCGGCCUCCAAGGUGCUACUAUUUCCACGUGGUACUUUUGGAAAACCUGGUUGCCGUGGUGGACCAAAGCGAACGAGCUCUGUCCCCACAGCUGUGUAUCGGCCGUCGCCAACAACGACAUCAUGGAGCUCGAAAGCGGCAAAACGAAAGCGUUCAAGGACUUUGAGAAGGUGUUUCCAUACUGGUCCUUGCCGCACGGCGCGGCCACGUCUCUUCCGCUGCGCGAACACAUCUUUGCGCACUACCAGACUGAGCUUUCUCAGUACUUUGAAGUGGAUAAGUGCAUCGACAUACCCGCCUCGUACUUUGCCCACGACAUCAAAGACAUCCAGCAACAGCUCGAGCGCAUGCUAUGCUAAUUUUAUAUCAACACAAUACAUGCAAUACUCGUCGAACGUG